AUGACAAACGUUUACAAAGAUAUCACGGAAGAACAACGAGCAACGAACUCAUAUGCAGCUCUUGUGCCAGGUCAGACUAUAGUUGAAAUACCAGAAUACACACUAGAAUGUGGAGAGACAUUGUAUAACUUCCCCGUCGCGUACAAGACGUGGGGUCGAUUGAACAAACGAGGCAACAACACAUUACUAAUAUGUCAUGCAUUGACGGGGUCAUCGGAUGUACAAGAUUGGUGGGGUCCAUUAUUAGGCACAGACAAGACGUUUGACCCAUCGCGGUUUUUCAUUGUUUGCAUCAACUUUUUGGGAUCACCUUAUGGAUCAUGCUCGCCAGUCACGAUUGACAAGUCCAUUGGCAAACCAUACGGACCAAAUUUCCCCUUAGUUACAGCAAAGGAUGACUUGGGUAUACAAAAAUUGAUCUUGGACUCUUUACAAGUGAAGCGGAUUGCUUGUGUGAUUGGAGGUUCAAUGGGUGGUAUGUUGGCAAUGGAAUAUUCCAGUACUUAUAAUAACUCUGAUUACGUGAAAACAGUAAUUGCGUUAGCCACUUCAGCCAGAGCUUCCGCAUGGUGUAUUUCAUGGAAUGAGACUCAACGUCAAUGUAUUUUCAGUGAUCCAUAUUAUGAUGAUGGCUACUAUUAUGAAAACAAGUUAGGCUUGAAACCUGACUCGGGGUUGAGUGCUGCUAGAAUGGCGGCGCUACUUACUUAUAGAUCACGAAAUUCAUUUGAAACCAGAUUUGGAAGAAAAUUGGGCAAGUCCUUGAAUAGCAAAGGAGACGACGAAAUUGAUGAAUCUGGUAAAGUAUAUCCAAAGACAAAAGAUGAAGAACACUGGCUCUUGCAUAAUGAAGGAUCGCAACUGACUAAUGGUCAACGUACAAACAAGGACAAGAAGCUACCUACAUACUUCACAGCGCAAUCAUACUUGCGAUAUCAGGGCCAAAAAUUUAUCAAGAGAUUUGAUGCCAAUUGUUAUAUUUCUAUAACCAGAAAAUUGGACACGCAUGACAUUACUCGUGGAAUAGUUGAUACUAUCACUAAUGAAGAUCCUUUGCCUCAGUAUUUGCAAACUUUGAAAAAGCCUCAUUUGAUAAUAGGUAUUGAAUCGGAUGGCUUAUUCACUUAUGGAGAACAAAAACUAUUGGGUGAAAAUAUCCCAAAUUCAAUAUUGAAAAAAUUGGAUUCACCUGAGGGACAUGAUGCAUUCUUGCUUGAGUUUGAAAUCAUCAACGAAUACUGUUUAGAUUUCUUGAAAAAGAACCUACCAGAAAUGUUUAGUGAUGAUGUGGAGUUGUUUGAAGACUGGGCUAGUUAUGUACAAGAUGUUGAUAAUGGAGGUAAUUCUGUGUUUGGUGAAGCAGAGAAGAAUAUCACAAACUGGUAA